AUGGCAAGUACAACACUCUGUCGGUACAGAGUAUUAUACUCAUUUAAUUUGAGUGUUGUAGCUAAUAAGCUCUGUGUUGGUAAGCCUGGUUGUUCGGUACUAACUUCAUUUAGUUGCUUUGCUCUCAACGCUCUCAACAGAAAUGGUGCGUGUGUAUUAGUAGAAAAGGCUCUUAGUAGAAAACUGUUGUACUUGCCAUGCCGACACCAUAUUUUUGAAAUUGUUCUUCGAAGUGCAUUUGAAGUAUACUGGCCUGCUUCGUCUGGCCCAAACGUUCCAAUUUAUCAGAGAUUUAAAAAGAAGUGGGAUGAAAUUGACCAAUCAAACUUUACGGCUGGUAUUUGUGACAAAAAAGUUUUGGAAGUAAUAACACCAAUCAAAGAUGAGAUUUUGAAAUUCGUUAAUAAUCAAAUAGAAAUGGAUCAUUGUCGAGACGAUUACCGUGAACUUCUGGAAUUAUCAUUAAUAUUUUUGGGUACUACUACCACAAAUAUUACAUUUAAGCAUCCUGAAGCGGUCCAUCAUGCAAGGUGGAUGGCUAAAGCAGUAUAUAGUUUAAAAAUUUUUUUAUUCAGAAAUGAAUUUCAUCUUACUAAAUCGGAAAUAGAUGGAUUACGAGAACUUUGUUUAUUUAUCAUAAUAUUCUAUUUAAAAAGCUUGGUUCACUGCGCCGUGUGCUAUAACAGCACCUAA